AUGAGCAUCAGCUGCCACGGGAAUCAGGGAGUCCCUCAUCCCCUAGCUGGCAGAUUUACUCUUAACAGACGACAGGCCGUGCGUGUACAGGUCAAGUUUCCAGCCUCCUGCCACUCUCAGGUGGAGUCCCCCAAGGGGCUAGAAAGGGUCCCCUGGGCUUCCUCGUCACGAUUCAUGACAUGCUCUUGGCCACUGCUGCCAUAUAAAAGGGUGAGGACACCUCUUGGCGUCACUCGCAUCACCAUCACCAUGAAGACUGCACUCAUCCUGAUCUCGGUCUUGGCUGCCUUCGCCAACGCCUCGGUGCUUCGAAGCUCUUCCGUGGAGCGAGCGCCAGCCACUGUCCGUGUGAGCGGAAGCCGGUCCUCUCUCGAGCCCCUUAAGCUCACUGUGAAAGCCUUUAACGAGGAGCAUCAGCUUCGUCUGCAGCCUGCCCCCUCGCCCCUGGCUGCGGAAUUCAAGUUGCAGACAACCGCACGCGACAGUCAAGGACGACUGGUCAUUGAAGACGCACCACAUGACUCGCUCGUUCCUGAUCUAUACCAUGACCCCGAUACUGGUGCCGUGGUCUCCGUGGACGGCACUCAGGUGGAAGGCCUCAUAACGCCCACACUUGCCAUCAAGGCAAACGAAGACGGAACUCACCAGGCACAGCGACACCCGAAAAGUAGUCGAGGUGCCCUCAGUGUCACAGCUGAGCUCUAUGUAAUAGUUGACAGCACCCUCGCUCAACUUUUGGGAUCCAACAGAAAAGUGAAAGAGUACCUGUCCGUGUUCUGGAAUGGAGUCAACAAGAGGUUUGCUACCAUGAGUGACCCAAAGAUCAAUCUGGUUCUAAUUGUUCCCGACGAGACUUACAUAAACGAUAAUGUUCUUCUGAAAACUAUAUCCAUGGAGAAAAACACACUUAGUUCCGUCAGCGACUGGCUGUUCCAGAACAAAGCUACCUUGCCUGUUUAUGAUGUGGCCUACCUAAUGACGGGCAAGGACAUGGCUGAUGUUGAAUCUGGCAUGAUUCAGGAGGGUUUAGCUGGCAUCGCCUGGAGAGGAGCCGCAUGUGUUGUGGCCAGCGGUAACAAACGCUCUUUCAACACUGGCAUGGGUGAGGACAUGGGCGCAUACUAUGUGGGCGUAAUGACUGCCGCCCACGAAAUAGCACACAAUCUUGGCUCUCCUCAUGACGGUAAAGAUGGAGCAGAAGCUUGUUCAUGGGACGACGGCUACAUAAUGAGUUACAUUCCAGGCAAAGCCAACAAGCUCUUCUUUUCCUCGUGUUCCCAGAAACUGAUGAAGGAGUAUAUGGCGAGUGACGAGGCUGCCUGCCUUCAGAGCACCCAAGUAGGAGAGAAAAUUCCUCUCUCUUCCAAGCUGCCAGGUGAACUCGUCUCCAUGGACGAACAGUGCCAAAAGCAAACUGGCAAGUCAGAUGCCUAUGCCUCGAAAUCCGUGUCUGAGGACUCCCUGUGUGUCCAGCUGGUGUGCCAGUGGCAGGUGAAGGUUGGCUACAGCAUCUGGACUUACACCCAGUCGACAGGACGUCCAGCCGCCGAGGGUUCUGCAUGCAGGAGUGGCGGUGUGUGUACCAACGGAUCCUGCCAAUAGUAAUUCUUCCAUGCUUCUUUGCAGGAAAGUUUGCUCAUGGUCCAAUAAACACUAGCGACAUAAUCUAUGUGUU